AUGGCGAAUGACCUGAACGCGACAGUGGGCGCGCUCUUGUUGGGGACGCUCUUCACCGCCGUCGGGUUCGGGAUCACAACUAUGCAGACAUACAUGUAUAUGUCACGAUUUCCGAAUGACCCGAAGAUCAUUCGUUGGACGGUUUGGACACUCCUUGUGCUGGACGUCACCCAUGUUGCACUCACCUGGCACAUGAUUUAUUGGUAUUUGAUCCUGAAUUACAAUAACCCUGCGAGUCUGGAUCUCUCUGUCUGGAGCUUCGAUAUCACUGUUGUGAUCACGGCCGUAGUCACAGUUGUAGCACAUUGCUUCUACGCCCGGCGCGUGUACAUCCUUGGUAACCGGCAAUGGAUUAUCGCGGCCCUAAUUCUGAUUUUAUCCGCUAUGCGGUUGAUCUUCGGUUCCUAUGUCACUGCAAGAAUCUUCCAGAUCAAGCUGCUCAAGGAGCUGUGGGGUAAAAUCGGGGUUGAGGUCGGGGUCGGAAUGGGUGCAGGCACCGCUGCGGACUUGCUCAUCACUAUUUCGCUCGUAUGGUAUCUCAGAAAACACAGGGGAUUCAGCAGGUAA